AUGCUACAUCUUGAUAUUGAAGUACAGACAAUCCAAUUUUUUAUUGGAUCCUCACUCGAUUCCUGUUCUAUUAAAAUAAACGAUUGUAUUUAUAAUAUUAAAUCUCAGCUUCCUCUACUUCAGUCUUGGAAUCGAAAGUCAGAUGCAAAUGUAAAGAGAUUCAAGAAAUUUGGGAAAAAAUUGAAUUAAAUGUGUAAUAUAUUGAGAAAGGGAAUGUAUUGUAUUAUAGCAUUAUAUUUAUAGUUGAAACUCUUCUUUUAUGAGGGUACAACCAUAUUUGGAGAGGCAACCAUUAAUUUAGGGUUUUAUAUUGAGAACAAUCUUCCUCUUAUCAUUGACAAAAUUACUAUACAAAAUAAAUUUGAUUCAGAAGCAUAAGUUUAAAUGAGUUUGGCAUGGAAUUAGUUAGAUUAGAUUCAAUCUAAAUAAAAUAGGUAAGUAAGUCCUUUGAGAGACUAACCACCUUCUUAGAGACCUAUAGGUCAAUAGAAGAAACCAGCUGAUGAACUGCAUUUUGAUAAAAGAACUGUUCAUGCAACAUAUACAUAAUGGAAAGAUCAUUAAGAAAUGGUUAAGGAAUAAUAUGUCAAAAGAUUAAAGGAACCUAUCAAAAAAGGACCAUUAGAGGAUGAAAAAUUUGAAGAAAUUCGCAAACCUGAAGUUCGAAUAAUGAGUCCUCGUAGAUUUUAAACUCCAAAAGAUUAUAAACCAAUAAAUAAGUAAUAAAUUUAAAAAUCAACUGGAGGAUUUGAAAAUCUAAAAACUUCAAAUAACAAUCAAUUAGAUUUCAAAUAAAUUAACAAGGACUUACAGAAUAACUCAAAUAAUAAUAGAGCUCCAUCUAAAAGUCCCAAUCGUUAUGAUUCAAGAGUAAAAACAAGAAAUGAAGUCUUAUCUGCUGCUUCACCUAUUGAAUAAAGUGAAAUUCUCAAAGGAUCUACUAAACCUAAACCAAUAUCUAAGAAAGGAGAAUUCUAAGAGAAUUUUGGAACAAGACCAACUUAAUUGGAAGGUGGUUUAACAAUAUCAAGCAAAUAAUUAGAUACAGAAAUAGAUUCUAAUUAAUGGAAAUAAUAAUUGUCAUAGUUAUAAUAAGAAAAUGUUUAAUUAAAAAAUUAAAUUUAAAAAUUAAAUAAUGAAAAUUAGAUUUUAAAAGAUCAAUAAAUUAAAAGUGAAGCUGCCUUUAAUUUAUUAUCAGAAACUUAUAGUAAUUUAAGAAAUGAAUAUCAAAGAAUCUAAGUUAAAAGUUUUAAUAAUAGUUCAAGUCAUUCUUUAUUAACAAAUAAAGAAACAGAUCAUUUAAAAAGAGAAUUAGAUUAAAAGUCUAAAGAAAUAGAAUUCUAUAAAAAAGAGGCUGAAUUAUGGAAAAAAGAUUUGGAUGUAACUAAAAGAGAAAAUGGAUAAAUUAAAAAAGAAGCAGAAUAAUAUAAAAAAGAACUUGAAAAUAGAUCUUAUGAUUUAGAAAGCCAUAAGAGAGAUAUAGAGAACAAAAAGAAAGAUAUAGAAAGUUUAGAAAAGGAGUUAUAAAGAGCUUAAUAAGCAAUUUAAUUAAUUCAAAAUGAUAGUUUUAGAAAUUCUUCUUAAUUAUCUGGUCAUAGUACCAAUUAAGAAAUUUUAGAAUAAAUGAAAAAUCUAAUUAAAACAAAAUAAAUUGAAGUUGAUAGUAAGAAUGAAGAAAUAAAAUAAAAUAAAAUAAAAAUAGCAUAUUUAGAGAAAGAAUUACAUGAAAAAGGCAGACGUUCUUAAGAUUAAUAUGAUCAAAUUAAAAAUUAAAAUUCUUAAUUAGAAUAAGAAAAUGAAUAAUUAAAAUAAUAAUUAGUUGAUAAGAAUGUUGAAUUAAAAUCGAAGUAAAUAUUAAUCUUACAAAUAGAACUCAAGAGAUAGAAAGAUUAAUGACAUAAAAUAAUGUAUUUCUAUAAUCACCUGAUAUUUAAAAUACAGAUUCAAUUAAACUAUUAAAUGAUUAUAUUGCUUAGAUAUCUGUUUUAAAAUAAGAGAAUUAAAGUUUAAGUAAAUUAUAUUAUUUAAAUAAAAAUUAGACUUGUAAAAUAAAAAAGAUUAAGUUAAACUUGAGAGUUUACAAAAUUAAUUUGAUAUAACCAAGGUAACCACAUAAUAUAUAAUAAUUGACAGAAUAUUGUUGUACUAAGUGAAUAGCGCCAACAAUCUCUUGAGCAUGAAAUUCUGUAAUUAGAAAAAGCUGUCCUUGGAGGAAAAUAAAAUAUGGCAGAUGUGAUCAAUGCUGUAAUGGAAUGCGGUGGUCCUCAGUUAGCUGAGGAAGUAGAGAGAUUCUUGAUUACUAGAAGGAGUACCAAAAUAGGUUGA